UAGGGAGAGGACCUUAGCCAUGAUGGCGUUCAUUCCGUUCUUGCUCGUCCUCGCAGGCCUGACGCUGCUGUUUUCGCGGCGCCGUUAUAAAGCUAUCGAACAGAAGGAAUUGCCCCGUGUUGUUGUAAAGGGACACACGUUUUCGGAUAGUGUGGAAAAUAGGCCAGCAGAAACCCAAAAAAGCUUCAAAGUCGAAAACGUCCGUCAAUGCUGUAUAGUCGGUGCUGGUCGAGUUGGUGCGGUGACUGGUAUUGUCCUCGCGUCUCAAAACCCCCAUGUUCAGUUCUAUCUGGUAGACGAUGAUGUUCGUCUCAUCGAUGGCUGGAAGUCCGAUAAAAUUCCCAUUUUCGAACCGGGAUUAGAAGGGCUGAUGUUCGAUGACGACCCUGUUGCCCUAGUGGAGCGAGAAAGCCAAUGCACCGAAGACACUACUUCGGUUCAAGAUCCGAGCCGUGGGCCACUAAGCGGUUCGCAGAAGCGACAGCGGAAACUAGCAAAUCUGACCUUCUCGACUGACAUCCAUGCGGGUAUAGCCCCUGCGGAUCUCGUCUUUCUGUGUCUGGAGACCCAGACUGCACUCUUCGAUAAUGAAACCACAAAGCCGGACCUGUCCCGGCUCGAAUCUACCAUCCAAGCCAUUGCACAUGUCUCGACGGGCCAUAAAAUCAUAGUCCAAAAGACCACGGCACCCUGCGGUAUCGUGCAGGAGAUUAAGAAGCGGUUGCGGAACAUUGCCUCUCCAACCGCCUCGUUUGAUGUGCUCUCCAACCCCGAAUUCAUCGUCCCCGGAACAGCAGUCCAGGACUUCCUCUAUCCUCCGCGGGUCAUUAUCGGUCAUAUAUAUUCCGAAGAUAUGUCCCCCCAAGCCUUGACUGCGUUGAAGCGCCUUUAUAUCCCCUGGGUUCCCGAAGAUCGAAUCAUCACCAUGGAUGCAUGGUCAUCCGAGGUUGGUAAAAUCGCGGCGAACGCCCUGAUCGCACAACAGAUCGCGAGCCUUAACUCGAUAAGCGCGCUUUGCGAGUGUACAGGCGCCGAUGUCCGACAGGUAUCGGAUAUGGCGGGAUUUCCGCCUCUCAUGGGGUGCGGGAAGACGUGGUCGCUCACUGAGGUGCAAUGCCUGGUGUACUUGGCGCGAGAACUGGGCCUGCAGCAGGUGGCAGAGUAUUGGCGCUGCGUGCUCCGAAUGGAAGAAUUCCAUCAUCGACGGAUUGCGGGUCGAGUCGUCGCCUGUCUCUCGGGGGAUUUGAGUGAGCGGAAAAUCGCUCUGCUGGGGAUUACUACGGAACUUCCCACAGCAUUAAGCUUCAUUCGGGAGCUGCGACGCAGUGGCGUCACGGUGAAUACAUACGACGGCCGUGCCUCCAGCCAACAGAUAGAAUCCGGGCUCCGGCUGAUUGACACGCAAUGGGAGGGCAUUACGGUGGCAGAGUCCCUGGAGACAGCGUGUGCCGGAUGUAGUGCGGUAGUCGUGCACGCCGCGUGGGACGGAUUUCCUGGCGACGAUUCUCGAUGGCAGGAGAUUGCAAACAGCAUGGAGGAGCCUAGAGUCUUCUUCGAUCCUGCGGGGGCUGUGGAUCGCUCGAAGAUGCGGCAAUUAGGGUUCGAGAUGUUGCAGUCAGGAGUCAGGGUGCAGGAAGUGUUGUAACUGGGAUGUUUGUAGUUCUAUGGUAUAUAUAUAAUAAUGUUUUCCAUGUCAAUUCUAGAGGUGGUGUCCGCUUCCGAUUUACGAGCUCAGGCUGCUAACCAGUUCAUCACCCAACCCCUUGAUGCUUUCCUCAAAUGCUUGCGCGUUCUCAGCGGCCCAAUCUGCAUUGUUUCCGGGGACUGCAUUGGAGCCAGUGAAGCCAAG